UCUCGGCUCUACAGGCCUCGAUUUGUCCUCACACUUAUUGGACAGUUUUCGGUUAAUAUCCAUACGUAAUGCUUGGGUUCUUAACAUAAACAUUUACCUGACAGAGCCUCCCGGGUAGUCGUACCGACAACUGUAUGGGGUAUAAUGAGAUAACUCCAGUGAGUCGUGUCUGUGUUUACAACACUCUGAAAACUGUCACAUUUCGGGAGACACAACUCGACAUCAGCAAUGGCGGAUCUCAACGCUACUAUGGAGGCGAUGGCGUCACUGUCGGCAAACAUCGACAGUUUUUUUCUCCUCCUGAUGGGCAUGCUAGUUUUCUUUAUGCAAUGUGGAUUCGCAUUUCUGGAAGCUGGUGCUGUUAGGAGUAAGAACACGACCAAUAUAUUGAUUAAAAAUGUCAUGGACUCGUUUGUUUCGGGUGCGGCGUACUGGAUAUUGGGAUUUGCCUUUGCUUACGGAGAUGGUGGUGCGGCCAAUAAGUUUAUUGGUGCCAGUUACUUUGCAUCGUCUAACCUUCCGGAUUCAAAGUACGCGGAGUUCUUCUUCCAGUACACGUUCGCUGCUACGGCUGCCACCAUUGUGUCCGGGGCCAUGGCUGAACGAUGUGAAUUCGUGGCCUACUUCGCUUAUAGUUUCUGUAUUACAGGGUUCAUUUACCCAGUAGUGACCCACUGGGCCUGGGGUGGCGGCUGGCUCUCUGAAGGAUACGAGUACGAUUUCGGUACGGUCGCUUACCAGGAUUUUGCCGGAAGUGGUGUUGUGCAUGUACUUGGUGGCGUGGCGGCCUUUGUGGGGGCUGCCCUUCUGGGGCCACGCAUAGGAAGGUUCCACGAAGGACAGGUGGCUCAACUCCGCGGACACUCAGUGCCCAUUGCUGCUCUUGGUGGAUUCAUCCUGUUUUUCGGCUUCCUGGCGUUUAAUGGAGGAUCCCAGCUGGCUAUCAGUAAUGCCGGUGACGGUGAGGCUGUCGCUCUUUCCAUUGUCAAUACUAUCAUAUCUGCAUCCUUUGCCGCUUUUGGUUCUCUACUUAUCAACCGAAUUCCUGGUCUGGGUAACAGCUGGAGUCUUCUAGUCACUAUCAAUGGUGCGCUUACGGGCAUGGUAUCUGCGUGCGCAGGUUGUAACAGGAUGUUUCCAUGGGGAGCAUGCAUCAUGGGAGUUUUUGCCUCGAUAUCGUACACACUUUGGUCCUGGCUGAUGAAGAAGAUAAAGAUAGACGAUCCUCUGGAUGCUGUUGCUGUUCAUUUCGGUGGAGGCAUAUGGGGUGUCCUUGGCAUUGCGUUUCUUGACAGAGAAGAUGGGAUCUUGUUGAACUGGGACCAAAAGUCGGCCUAUAAACUGGUAUGGCAGCUGUGUGGCCUCGGCGCCAUUAUUGGUUGGACUAUGUUCUUCUCCCUCCUACUGUUUGGUACCCUCAAGUUGUUCGGGUUACUUCGUGUACCACACGAAAUAGAGGAAAAGGGACUAGACAUACCGAAACAUAACGAGCCGGCCUACCCACCCGAGGCGUACGGUCACGGUCACGUGGAGCACAUCAUGCAGGUCGUGCAAAACAAACCCACGAGUGUCGUGCAAUCAUACGAAAAUAAGGCGUUCGUAAACAAGGCAUAUCAAAGACGGGUGUCUGGGAGUGGUCCGUAUGAACAUCCCGAGAUCAGGGCUCUCACGAAAAGUGGUUAUACAUUUAACACUACCGCCAAUGGAAUCAGAUCUAAUGGAUCGAACAUCAGCCCUAUACCAGAAACAGUACAGGAAGAACCGGAACCGGAACCAGAACCUGUCAACAAUAAUGACACCCCUAACUCUGACCGAUUCUUUAUUUCUCAAUUUUAGGAGACAUUCACACCACUGUCGAUAAGUCUGUCAAGUCUGUGUCUAACGUUUAAACUUACUUAAGUAUAUAAUAUUUGCUUAUUUCAUUUCCUAUAUUUUACAUCGAAAGCAAUAAACAUGAUCUACUCUACGGUUUACUUAUGAUGGCAAAAAUAUCUAAUCUAUCUAUCGCGUCAUAACGUCUAUAUAUUAUCAUUAAGGUUUCGUAGAGUAGGCUGAACUGUGUAACCUUGACAGUGUAUUGUAGUUCUACAUUUUCUAAAGAACAGAUGCUAAACCGUAAAUCAUUAAUGUCAUUUCUUGUUAUUCCCAUUGGUCCUCCGGUUAUAUUUGAAAUGUCUUAAAUUUUCGCGAGAGAGCGCAUGGCGCAUGGCCAACAGUCUACAAGACUGUUGGCCAUACGCUCUCUCGCGAAAUUUUUUAAUUUAUGAUAUUAUUUUAAGAAUUAUUUGUAA